AUAUAUAAAGUUCGUGUGCGGAGAAACGAGCGUAGAUAGGGAUCUUCUGAAUCAAGUAAAUUAUUUUUGAUAUCGAUUUUUGUAAUUGAUUUGAUGCGCAUCAUCGCAUAGAGAGAGAGUGUUGGAGUAUAUAAUAUAUAGCAUUAUCGCGCAUAUCGAUCCGCAUACGCAUACGUAAACAGCCAUCCACGACGAGCCAUGGACGAGUCACAGCCGAAAACGUUGUAUGUGGGAAACCUCGAUAUCUCGGUAUCCGAGGAGCUGCUCAUCGCACUGUUCAGCACAAUGGGUACCGUGAAGAACUGUAAAAUAAUAAGGGAACCGGGCAACGAUCCCUAUGCCUUUAUCGAAUUUGCCAACUAUCAGGCAGCCUCCACAGCCCUGACCGCCAUGAACAAACGCCUGUUUCUGGACAAGGAAAUCAAGGUUAACUGGGCCACUAGUCCCGGAAAUCAGCCCAAGACAGAUAUUAGCUCCCAUCACCACAUAUUCGUUGGAGAUCUGAGUCCCGAAAUCGAAACGGAGACGCUGCGCGAAGCCUUUGCACCAUUCGGGGAGAUAUCAAACUGUCGCAUUGUCCGCGAUCCACAGACCAUGAAGUCCAAGGGCUAUGCUUUUGUUUCGUUUGUGAAGAAGGCCGAAGCCGAGAAUGCAAUACAGGCAAUGAAUGGCCAGUGGAUUGGCUCGCGUUCGAUACGCACCAAUUGGUCCACGCGCAAGCUCCCACCACCGCGAGAAUCGUCCAAGGGUGGCGGUCUGGGCGGCGGCAUGGGGGGCGGGCCCGGGAAUGGAGGCGGCAUUAAGAGCAACCAGCGGCACACCUUCGAGGAGGUGUACAAUCAGUCGAGCCCCACCAAUACCACAGUCUACUGUGGCGGCUUUCCGCCGAAUGUCAUCACCGACGAUCUGAUGCACAAACACUUUGGACAGUUCGGUCAAAUUCAGGAUGUGCGUGUCUUCAAAGACAAGGGCUUUGCAUUCAUCAAAUUCAUGACCAAGGACUCGGCGGCGCACGCCAUCGAGCAUUCGCACAACAUCGAAAUCCAUGGCAAUCUCGUCAAAUGCUUCUGGGGCAAGGAGAAUGGCGGUGAUAACUCGAUGAACAACAUGAAUGCCGCUGCAGCGGCAGCUGCCUCUGCCAAUGUGGCCGCCGUGGCAGCCGCCAAUGCGGCGGUUAGUGCCUCAUUGCCAGGCCAAAUGAUGACCCAGCAACAGUUAGCGGCGGCCACUGGUGCCGCGUUACCUGGCCAAAUGAUGACGCCCCAACAGCUGGCAGCUGCCACAGCGGCGCAGUAUCCAUAUGCCUAUCAACAAAUGGGCUACUGGUAUCCUCCGGCACAGGCUUAUCCAACCACCCAAAUGCAGACGCAGUAUAUGCAGCAGGGCUAUUAUCCUUACGCUUACACGACCAGUGCCCAGCAGGCGGGUGGAGUCCCUGCCGGGUAUCGCAUGGUGCCACCGAAUGUGGCAUGGGGAGUGCCUGCCACCGUGGUCCCUGGCAUGUCGGCGGCCUCGUCUGCGGCCGCAGCAGCAAACGGUUCACUUGCCCCCCAGAUGAUGUACAGUGCCGCGAUGCCACAAUAUCAGACCCAAUGAACUGAGUUGUGACGCCCGCUUCGACGCCGUCUGCAACAUCCGUGGAGCCGCUGCAUCCAAGAACGUCUGCCGCCAUCAGCACUGCAGUCACAAUCGCAGUCGCAAUCACAGCUGCAGCUGUUAGCGCAUUACGCACCCUUAGCUUAUUUAGAAUACCAGGUCCUUGCCAAAACCGAGCAGCAGCAGCAGCAGCAGCAUCCGUCGUAUCAUCCUCUGCCAGUCCCUAGCGAUGAGAGCAACAAAAUCAGCCUCUCAACGAGCCUCUUUUUUACGGCAGCAGGGAAUUAAGGAAAUGUCUCGAUUUUGCGGUAUUUUCAGUUGCGGUUCUAGGCAACGGCUACGUUUUUCUUUUUGAGACGUGUGCAUCAUUGUGGCGGUCGAACGGGCGUUACGUUCGUGGAGGACACUUUCAUCGUACCCCCACAGUACUGCCGAACCGAAGUGAAGCGUGGAACUAAAAGUUGAACUACGCGCAGCGGCAGGCGAGCAGGCAGGCAGGCAGAUAGACAGACACAGACAGAAAGACAGACAGACAGAUGGACAGACAACAACUGAAGCUCUGGGCGAUUUCGGGGGGUAGCUGUAACAAUCUAAUCCAAUCUAAGUACGUGUUAAAAUAAUUUAAUGAUUUGUAAUUUAAGGCAGAUAUAGGCGUAUAAACGAAAGCGGAAACAAAAAUAAACAAAUGAGAAAUACCACAAAACAGAGAAAAGAAAGAAAAACAGAAACCAACCAAUAGGCAACAAACUAAUUGGGAUUGGUUCAAGUAAACAAACCACAAAACAUAUAUACAAUCGAAACGGAAUAAAGUGACAAAGCAAAUUGUAAUUGUAACUAAAUUGUAGAUCAUAUGAUGUGUCAACGAAGGAUUUCGAA